GAAUUUCUUAAACCUUCAGCUGAUUCCCUGCAUGGAUUUCCUCUGCUUUCAGAGAUGCCUGCCUUGAUGGCGCUGAGGAAGAGAGCUCAGGGGGAGAAGCCCCUCGCCGGUGCCAAGGUGGUGGGCUGCACUCACAUCACCGCCCAGACUGCUGUGCUGAUGGAGACUCUGUCAGCUCUCGGGGCUCAGUGCAGAUGGGCAGCGUGCAACAUCUACUCCACCCAGAACGAAGUGGCAGCAGCCCUGGCAGAAGGAGGCUUCAACGUUUUUGCGUGGAAGGGUGAGUCAGAGGACGACUUCUGGUGGUGCAUCGACCGCUGCGUCAACGUGGAAGGCUGGCAGCCCAACAUGAUCCUGGACGACGGUGGAGACCUGACUCACUGGAUUUAUAAAAAAUAUCCCAACAUGUUCAAAAAGAUCAAGGGCAUCGUAGAGGAGAGUGUUACUGGUGUCCACAGGUUGUAUCAGCUCUCUAAAGCAGGAAAGUUGUGUGUUCCAGCCAUGAAUGUCAACGACUCCGUCACCAAACAAAAGUUUGACAACCUUUACUGCUGCAGGGAGUCCAUCUUAGACGGCUUGAAGAGGACCACCGACGUCAUGUUUGGAGGCAAACAGGUGGUGGUGUGUGGAUAUGGAGAGGUUGGAAAAGGCUGCUGCGCUGCCCUCAAAGCGAUGGGCUCCAUCGUCUACGUCACAGAGAUCGACCCCAUCUGUGCCUUGCAGGCCUGCAUGGACGGCUUCAGGCUGGUGAAACUCAACGAGGUCAUCAGACAAGUGGACAUCGUCAUCACCUGCACCGGCAACAAGAACGUGGUGGUGAGGGAGCACCUGGACCGCAUGAAGAGCAGCUGCAUCGUCUGCAACAUGGGACACUCCAACACCGAGAUCGAUGUGGCAAGCCUGCGGACCCCUGAGCUAACCUGGGAGAGGGUGCGCUCACAGGUGGACCACGUCAUCUGGCCCGAUGGCAAGAGGAUAGUCCUGCUGGCAGAGACGAGUACGUGGCCAGCUUACAUCUCCCCACGUUUGACGCACAUCUCACCGAGCUGUCCGACGAGCAGGCCAAGUACCUGGGCUUGAACAAGAAUGGCCCCUUCAAGCCAAACUACUAUAGGUAUUAAACCAGUGUAAAGGGGUGCUAGCUGAGGAAAUGUCAAAACUCCACACAUCACGCACCCACGGGGAGGAGGAGGACGUACAGAAUAAACACCUGCUUUACAUCUGGAGUUUUCCCUGCACCCAUGGGACUCGUUUUAUUUAUUCACAGCGGCGAUAUUUAAAAGAAAAAAUAUACAAGUAACUCGAGCCGCUCCUGCCAUUUGCUGUUCUUUUCCUAAAAGUUCUACUUCGUCAUUUUGCCUUCAUCCUUCUCUUCAGUCGCUCGUCGGUGUCAACACGUCGAUAACUCCUCCCUCCCUUUGCCACAGUUUUUUAAUUUUUAUCUGCUAAAGAUGGAAAUGCAGGCGGUCUAUACAAAACAUUGAACUUAAAAAAGAG